CAGUGCUGCAACGUUGCCGACAACAAUUGAAUGCUGUGAAUCCAAAGUAAAAAUAGACAAGCGAGUAACUCGCUUCGUUUUACCAAUUGGCGCAUCUUGUAACAUGGACGGCGCUGCCGUAUAUUAUGCCAUCGUCGUUCUGUUUGUAGAACAGAUAGAACCAAACGUUCAACUGGGAAUUGGUGACAAAAUUUUGACUGUGUAAGUAAAGAAAAUAUUAGUGAUGUAAGAUCAUAAAAGGUAGUCUUUUUUCAAGAUGUUGAGAGAAUUAUUAAUCUGCAGUGCAGUACUUCAUUAAACAGUCCUCACCCCAUUCACUGAUGAAGACCUUCGUUUGAAACCAAACGUAGUAUAUAUGCACUUAGUUGCUAUCGUACUCGUUGCCACCAUUUUAACAACCUAUUAGGAAAUGAAAUUUUAUUCACAGCAAACACGUAUAAUAUUAGAUGUGUGAAUGAAUGUAAUCCCAAAUAAUAUUUUCCACAGACAUAACGUCAUCACCAAACAAUGUGAAUAUACUCCAGUUAUUCAUGCGCCUUAUGAGGAUUGGCUUAUCCUUUGAGCAUAACUCGUGAGUUAUUUGCACAUUAUCGAAUCCUUUCAGACUCAUCUGUACCGUGGUAUCGAUUGGUGCGGCAGGUAUUCCCAGUCCAGGACUCAGUAACUUGGUUAUCGUGUUAGAAGCAGUUGGACUUCCUAUUGAUAAGAUUGGACCAAUAUUUGCUGUGGACUGGCUUUUGUAAGUCAAUACUGCAAUUGUAAAUUAAUUAGUAUGAACAAUCGACGUCGUAUGCCCUUUCGUCAGAUAUUGAAAAAUCAUUAGAUUUUUCCUAUAUCCGAAAAGAAUAUAUUUAUUUAUUUAUUUAUUUAUUUAUUUAUUUAUUUAUUUAUUUAUUUAUUUAUUUAUUUAUUUAUUUAUUUAUUUAUUUAUUUAUUAACUUAACAAUCUUUCAGUAUACAUGAACAAAUGCUAGAAAUUAAAUUUAACACAUAUAUAGGAAGGGACAAGAAUCCCAUAUUAAGACUAACCGAAGAAAGACAACAAUAGUUAUAACAUAUUUAGGGACAUAAACACACAUUAACACACUCGGAUAUAUUUGAUUAACUAUUAACAUGAAAAAUGCAUGAAUUAACUUUUAAGAACAGCAAGUUGGAUUGUAGGAACGACACUUGGAAUAAUAAGUCUUCCAAGUACGUAUUCGAUUGACGUCAAAGGUAGAUUCAAGUUUGGAAAGGUCAUGGUGAGAAUACAGAUUGUUUUUGAAGAAAUUAAUAAAGGUACAGUCGGUGAUAUGAGCGGGAAGACUAUUCCAAAGAAAAAUAAUCUGUUGAAAAACGAGAUUCUAAAAAGAGAAGUUCUGCAAAGAUUAGGAGUUAGUGACCUUUGUUGGUUUGUACGAGUGCGAGAGACAGAGUCUGAAGAGAUAAUGACAAAAGAAGAGACAUCUAGAUCAUAAAGACCUUGUAAACACUUCAAAAAGAAGAGAAGGUCCUUUACUUCCAGCCAGUAAGAGAUUGGAAGUAAUUUGAGUGUUUUGAGACGCACAGAAUAAGAUAAGUCAAAGUCUUGAAUUAUAAAUUUAGUUGCUCCGUCUCCGAACACCUUCCAGGAGAGCAAGAUCGUGCGAAGAACCUUGCGGAGUCCAUAUCUCACUAGCAUAUAAGAUAAGUGAGAUCUAACCAGAGCAAGAUAGAAUAAACGUCGGCAAUGGAUGUCUGUCAUAUGCUUGCAAUUUCUUCAAAGAAAACCAAGCAUUUGAUUUGCCUUAGCAGUGCAAGUGAUGAUCUGCGUUGGCCACAUAAGACCACUACUUACAUGUACAUCCAGUUAAUUCACAGUUAAUUCGACGUGCGAAGUCACACGUUUGACUGGUUCAUUGUUGAGAUGAUAAGGAUGAUUUGAAGGAACACGUUUGCGAGAUAUUCUUAGUAAGACAAAUUUAGAAACAUUAAAUCUGAGUUGCCAUCAUGUUGAAAGGGAUCUUUAUCUGCCUGCGAUUGAAUGGCACGAUAACAUUUACUGUCAUCAGCAAACAACGCAACAGUACUGCUUUUUGUUGUAUCUGGAAGAUCAUUAACAUAUAGGAUGAAAAGAAGAGGACCGAUGACACUACCCUGUGGUACACCUGAUGAAAUUACAUACUAUGUCAGGUUUUGCCUUUCUGACAGACUCAAUAAAAACUGUUUUAUCAAUACGGGUUUUGUUUAUAGUUAGUUAUAGUCAAGCACGACUUAUCUAUCUUGUUAAAGAUAAGUAAUGUUCCGUAAUUUAUCGAAAAUGAAAUAAAUAGCCACUAAUUCUCAUUUAUUUAACCAGAGCCGUGAGAGAACUUAAACGGUAAAUAGUAUAAAGGCAAUCGAAUAUCAAGUCAUGCAGUGCAAAUGGCAUUUCAGUUUCGAUCAAGACAAAUUAUUGAAACUAGUUAAUGAGUUAUUUGCCAACUUUUCUGACAAUAAAAGAUAAGAAGAGGAAACUGCUUCAACAACUACGCGCUGAUAUACCAUAAGGCUCAAGCUUACCAAUAAGUUUGUUGUGAGGAACAGUCAAAGGCUUUAGCAUUGGGCAGUAUUCCAAAGGUCGUAGGUUCGAUUCCCACCGUGGCUGGGCAUAUUUUUCAAGCUCGCCCGGUGUGGAUAUACACUCAGAGUAACAUCACAAACAUCAUAUUAUUCACCUGAGUACACAACACCAACACAGAAAAAAUCAUACUUACCCAGCUAAUAACGUCACACGUUGUGCUGAAUCAGCAACUUAUAUUUUGCACAUUUUUGCGUAUAACUUCGGAACUAGAUGAGAUAGAAUAGAGCAUUAAUUAAACGGCCAAUCGGCUUACUUUUUCAUGCUCUUUCAGAUGAAGCAAUAAAAUUUUUUGUUGCUCAUACCCUUUAAAGGCAAAUUAUCGUGACUCUACCACUAAUUGCGUCCUGAAUAAGUUAUCCUGUCUACAAGAUGUUGUUUAUGGCAACAGUAUUGAUGUUAUUGCUUUGACAGAGACUUGGCUGUCCAAUCAUGUACGAAAUGAUGACAUUUUACCGGUUGGAUACAAGUUAUUUAGGCGUGAUCGACAAACUGGCAAACGGGGAGGUGGUGUAUUGUUAGCUGUCAGUAAAAGAUUCUGUCUGAACUGAACCAACUGACUUUGUUUCACAUUCAUUGGAACUUGCUUCUGUUGUAAUUAAUUCGUUAUCUAAAAAAGUUAUUGUCGCUGUGUGUUAUCGCCCUCCUGAUUCCUCAAUUGAUUUCCUGCACGAACUGAACCGUUUCUUGAAAUUUGUUGCUGAUUCUCAAUUUAAAGAUGUUGUUUUAAUGGGCGACUUUAAUUAUCCCAAUAUUCAAUGGUCUGACAGAUCGGGUUUUUCUACCUUAGGAUCAGAAAUUGGUUUUAUUGACCUUAUCACUGACUUUAGUUACUUGCAAUUAAUCAACUCAUCUACUCGUGGCCAUAAUCUCAUUGACCUGGUUCUUACCACGAAUAAAGAUGAUUCCAUCUCCUUACACUCGGACCAUAAAGCUAUAUCUUUUGACUUAAAAUUGCAUCAAAGACCAAAACAAUCCACCGAGCGAAUAGUUUAUAAUUAUUCGAAGGGAGAUUUUGUUGGCCUCCUAAACUGUCUUCAGAGCGCUUCUUUAGUGGAUUCAGUUUACCAUAACUGUGACGACAUUAAUGUUGCUUGGUCCAAGUGGAAAGCUGCUUUCCUUACUGCUGCCGAUAGUUUUAUCCCGAAAACAUCGCUCAAGCGUUCCUUCACGCCUCCUUAUAUCACCAAGGAUCUACUUCACGCUAUCAACAUGAAGGAGUCGCUAAGGAGAAAAGCAAAGGCUAAGAACUCGCCUCAAUUGUGGGAGAAAUUUCGCAAGACUAGGCAACAUGUCAAAUGUUGGAUUAAUGCCAAGAAGAGAGAAUACUUAUCUGGACUUUCUCAAUCCUUAUACAAUAACUCUAAAUCAUUUUGGAGAUUUUUUAAGUCUAAAUCUUCAAAAUCUUCCAUACCUGAUCUAAUUAAGAUAGGGGGUCUUAAACUAUUCUCUUCUGAAGAAAAGCCUGAUGCUUUUAAUACUUAUUUUUUACCUCCGACACAAAUUCUUCUUUACCUUUAAUCUCUACUUCGCAGUCAUCAAACUUUCUUGACUCAAUAACUGUUUCUGAAUUUGAAGUACAAUCUUUGUUAUCCAGUUUGUCACCCUCUAUAAGGCUAUUGGACCUGAUGGCAUACCAGCAUAUCUUUUAAAGCGCUGUUCCGAAGUCAUCGCUCCGUCUUUAACAAUUCUCUUCGAGUUAUCUCUUCAGCAGGGUGUAUUUCCUACUGAAUGGAAAUCUGCUAAUGUGGUUCCAAUACCUAAGAAAGGUGACGUUCAUGAAGUCACAAACUACAGACCUGUUUCAUUACUCUCCCAAGUCUCAAAAGUACUUGAACGCUUGAUUUUUGGACAGGUUUCUUCUUUCAUUAAGGACUCUUUGUACGACAUUCAACAUGGCUGUCGCUGGAAUAGGUCAUGUGUUACUCAAGUUUUGAAUGUGUUUCACGAUCUCGCGGUCGUGCUCUUGAUUCUGGCAAUGAAAUUGAUCUUCUUUAUUUCACGAACAAUGACUGAACCCUUGAACUGAAUGCGAAGUUCCUUAAAAAUGCAAUGAAAUUUCUUUCAAGGUUCUGUUUGUUUGAAAUUGGCAGUUUAAAAUGGCACUAAAAACAAAUUAUAAAAUAUAAAAAACUGAACUUGAAAUAUUUUGCCGGGCGGUACAUUUAUAUUGUAUAACGAAAUAUAAAAAAUUUUCAUGAGACUCUUAAUUAAGUGAUGCGGUGAUGAGAAUCAAAGAAUUUAUUUUAUGUGGCCUAGCUUACAUGCAAAAAUUCAAAAUGAUCGGUAUCGGUAAUUUAACAAGACACUACCCUAGCUGCUCUGCUAUACCUCAAAUACAACCUAUAUUGACAUCAUUGAUGCUUUUCAGAGAUCGACUACAAACGACUAUCAACGUGAUGGGUGAUACUUUUGCCGCUGCAGUUGUUGCAAAAUAUUCUCAAAAAGAUUUCGCAGAUGAAAGACCGCAUGGAAGUUCUGAUUCUCUGGAAUUAUUCGAGAAUUUGGCCAAGGAUGUUGUACCCGAAUCUGAAGAGACAAACUUGUGAUUGUGGUAAAGUGAUGGGUUGGCUAUAAAAUUUUUGUAGUGUAAUUCGCUAUGCUCCAGCUACUUCGAAAAAAUGUAUUCAUUUAGUUUAGCUAUACUAUUUAAAAAACGUAGCGAACUAUCCAAAUUUACAAUUUACAUUGUAAUGCAUGUAUGUUAUUGACUUGUAAUGAAUGGUAAGAAAAAUUAUAAAUAAACCUAAAGCGACAAAAACCGUUUACGUAAGUUACCGCAUUAUAGCUAAACUAAACAGCAUUCUCUAUUCGUUGGCAUAUAGCUUAUCAGUGAGCAUUGAAAAUUUUGGGACAAACUUGAGCAAAAGAAUAAGGUCAUUUGUCAAGAGGAAGUAUCUGUGAAGUAGACGACCUGCGUACGCAAGUCUAUAUAUGUGUUGAACUUCAGUGAAGUUCAACACUUAAGGUUCAGACACACCGGACGCGAUUCGACAACGCGACGCGAUUUUUUAGUUUUUGAAAGUUAAUAAAAUAGCCAAUGAGAGGAAAUUUUGAAAGAUAUGUAGACCAAAUAACUCAAAAUGUUAUAGCGCUUCUAAAUAUUUGGAAAAUUUUAACUACAAUCGUCCACAAAAUAUUUGAGACAAACCCCUCCCCCGAUUUCAAUGUUGUUAGGCACUACAAUGUAGUUUAAUUCCAACAUCAUGCAUAUGUUAAAUUUCAACUGCCAGUGACACGGUUGCGGUUCUAGUGUCAUCUUAUGUUCGUUUUGGAUAAAUACAGUAGGCUUUCAACAUUGAAAUAAGGGGGGAGGGGAGUGAUUUAAAAAGUCUCAAUAUAUUUUGUGAACGAUUGUCUCGAAAAUUGAUAAGACUUAGCUAAAAGCAUCUCGAAGUUUUUUUUAAAUACUUUGUGUGCAUGUGUAGUAGUCACUGUAUAUAGAUGAUACUAUUCGGGUUAUUGUUCAUAUGUAGAAUAGUACAGUACCGUCAAGUCGCCCAGGGGGGGGGGAGAAAUAAAAGUAAUGGGGGAAUGAUCCAAAAAGUAUCAAUAUAUAUUUGGUAGACGAUUAUAUUAGAAAUUAAGAAAACUUAGGUGACAACAGCUCGAACUUAUUUGAAAUCUUGCUAUGUGCAGCACAAUAGGAAGGGGGGUAGAGAACAUAAUUCCCAGGGAGGUUGGAGCGAGUUCGCAAUGGUAGGUUUAAAUAGUAAAGGAAUUUUUGUGAAGUGAUAUAAGCGUACGUCUUACUGUUCACUAUAAUUUGGAUAGUAUUGUGAGGCCCAUACAAAGAUCUCUACGUUUUAUAAUGGUACCAUAUCAAGUCUUCUUCUGGGGGUGGGAUGGGGUGGGGGGGGGGCGGUUGAGUACAAUCUUGGAUCGAUCGGUCCGUUAACAUAGAGAAUUAACCUUGCAUAUUUCUUAAAGAAAGUCCUAUAACUUCACAUGGAUUAUUAAUACUUUAGUUAUUCAAGUUAAUGGAUAAUUGAAUUUUGGUGAAACUAUAAGCAUGCAUUCUUAAUUAAUUUUUGAUUAUUGGUGGGGUCAAAGUUUUAACUUAUUCAAGUUAGCAUAAAGUAAUAUUUAAUAUGGUUUUUGAAAUUUAAAUUACUAAAGCAACGUGUUACUACGCAUUACCAUGUGCUUUGCCAUACUAAUUGUUUUAUAAUAUGGCUUUUCUAUUACCAAUAUAUAUACAACACAUCACAACGCGCUACCAUGCGUUACCAUACGCGUUACCAUACGCGUUACCAUGGACUAAUUGUUUAUUUGUCUUUUCUAUUAUUAAAACAAUGCAUUUCCACGUUUUAUCUCAGACAACCAUACACGUUACCAUCAUGUAAUUCUAUUCAUUAUGGUAUUUUGUUAAUAAAGCAACGCGUUACCGUCAAGUUUUUAUUAAAAUAUAUACAGUAUAUAUAGUAGUUUUUAAAAAAAAAAGAUGGUAACGCGUGCACAACUCGUGGUAACGUGUUGUUAAUCAUUUCUUGCAUAUCGAUCUUGUACUUUUGAACCGUUAGAAAUGAACUUUUAUUGCGGAAGUUUUAUUGUAGCAAUAAUAACUAUUUGAUAUUAAUGGUAACACGUAUGGUAACACGUGGUAACGUGUGGUAACGCGUUGUUAAAAUUUGAAUUUGGAGCGAAAACAGAUAGCCCAUGCGUAUACGUACAUUAAUUGAACUAAUUUCCAGUUUGAAAACGAGGUUGUUUACAUGUUGGCGUUGUCCUUGAAUUUACAUAGUACGUUAAAAUACAAAAAUCUUGAUUUGUGAUGGAUUGCAUGUUAUUGAUUCUUCAUUAUCGAUAUAUUUUUUUUCGAAUCGAGCGCAAGCUUGCGAAGGAACGUUAGAUGUCAGUAAGGUAUGGAUUUUAACUUAACUUAACUUGGACAAAUUAUCGCAUAAUAUAAUACAUGUAUAUGGGCAUGCAUUCUAGUAGUCCUUAGUAAAAUUUUAUGCAAAUUUUAUUCGUAUACACUAUUGAAAUGUUUGUCGAUUAACAUAAGCGCUGGCAAAGAAAAUAUUAUGGAAUAAAUAACCAAAACCUGCGCUCGAUUUCCCCCAAUUUUCAGACAAUCGUCCACAAAAUAUUUGAGACAACCCCCCUCCCCCGAUUUCAAUGUUGUUAGGCACUACAAUGUAGUUUAAUUCCAACAUCAUAUGUUAAAUUUCAACCACCAGUGACACGGUUGCAGUUCUAGUGUAAUCUUAUGUUCGUUUUGGAUAAGUACAGUAGGCUUUCAACAUUGAAAUAAGGGGGGAGGGGAGUGAUUUAAAAAGUCUCAAUAUAUUUUGUGGACGAUUGUAGGAUCAAAGUUAUCGGUCAGUGAAAAUCGAAAAAUUGCGUCGCAUUGUCGAAUCGUGUCCGGUGUGUAUGGACCUUACUGUCGAUGCAAUAGAAGUGUUGAUAAAAUAUUGCAUCAAUUCAUUUCCUCAAGUUGAUCAAUUCAUACGAAUUCAAAUUUAUUUUUACUUCCUGUGCGUUUCCUAUUGGUCAAUCGGUUCUGAAACGAAAUCUAAUUGACUUAUGUAGAAGUAACAGGAAGUUGAUCAAUUUUCUAUCAAAUGAAUUGAUCAACUUGAGGAAAGGAAUAUAUUGGUGCAAUAUUUUAUCAACACUUCUAUUGCAUCGACAGUAAGACUUGCGUACGCAGGUCUACGAAUUCUACAGUUUAAGUUUGACACACAAUCAUCUAUAUAUAAUACGUACAAACGCAUUUGUUCAUUUAAUGAAUAAUGAUUCUCCAUUUAAAAUACAAUAAAUAAUUAUAGUAGUGUAUUCUAUUAUAUAAAAUUUUAAAAUCAACGUCAGGACAAAAUGCCUGGUCCAGUAUAUCUAGUAUGAAAUUAUUCAUACGAACUAUUCAUAUAUAAAC